GAGCGCGAUGGUGUGCGGCGGCUUCUCCUGCUCCAAGAACUGCCUGUGCGCCCUCAACCUGCUGUACACGCUAGUCAGCUUGUUGCUGAUUGGGAUUGCGGCAUGGGGCAUAGGUUUCGGCCUCAUAUCCAGCUUCCGGGUAGUUGGAGUAGCAAUUGCAGUGGGGAUAUUUCUGUUCCUGAUUGCUCUGGUGGGAUUGAUUGGCGCGGUCAAGCACCAUCAGGUGUUGCUGUUCUUUUACAUGAUUAUUCUCUUGCUAGUGUUUGUUAUACAGUUCUCUGUCUCCUGUGCCUGUCUAACGUUGAACAAAGACCAGCAGAGCCAGCUUCUAGAAGUUGGGUGGAACAACACAAACACUGCAAAACAGGAUAUUGAGAGGAAUCUAAAUUGUUGUGGGUUCCGAUAUGUCAAAAUAGACGAAGAUUGUUCUGCUGCUUGUUCUAAGCCACACUGCUCACCUUGUGCACCCAUAAUAGAAGAGUAUUCUGGGAUGGUCCUGAGAUUUGUAGGAGGUAUUGGGCUCUUUUUUAGCUUCACUGAGAUCUUGGGAGUCUGGCUGACCUACAGAUAUAGGAAUCAAAAGGAUCCUCGUGCAAAUCCUAGUGCAUUUCUUUGACAUGGGAACUUUCUGGCGGGACUGAAUAUCUCUUCCUGUGUUUUUAAAAAA